UUCUGACUUGCAAUGCGGCGCGAGAGUACCCUCAAGACGCCGACGGAGGGCGACUACGAGCAGCCGACGUACGCCGAUGAGAAGCCCGACGUCACCGUGUACCGCGAGUCGGAGAUGACAGCGCGCGACACGACCCUGGCGGACGAGCUGCCGGCGGCUCGCCUCACCCACAGCGAGUCGGCGCGCAGUUUCAAGGGCCGGUAUCGGGUGUGGCCCGGCGCCGUCCUUCUGCUGGCCAUCACGGCGGUCGCAGUGGUGCUCAUGGUCUACUUUGCGGACGAAGCGCGCACGUCAAUGCUCGACCUCCGGCUCGCUGUUCAGAUGCGACAGUACCGAAUGCGGCAGAUCGACACAGGCUUGACAUCGGGCUCGGGCACGGGCUUGCCGCCACUCAUUGACACGGACGGGGUCGUCAACAACCCCCAAGUGUACCCCCCUCAGACGUGCAAGCAGCCGAAUUACAUUAGUAAGAACAACAAGAUUUACGCGGUCGCGCCCAACGGCACGGAAAUUCCCCUCGGCAUCAAGGGUCUCAACUGGUUUGGCAUGGAAACAGGCCAAGCCAUUCCGUUCGGCCUCUGGACCAACGACAAGAACGGCACGACCGCGUUUCAAGUGGCCGAAUUCCUUGCAGCCAACAAGAUCAAUAGCAUUCGGCUGCCCGUGUGCAUUCAAAGCAUCGUCAACAACAUCAAGCCCAACAAGAACCUCAUCAACGCCGCCGCGAACCGCGCGGUCGACGCGUCGUCGUACAUGGCGCUGCUCAAAAGCAUCAUCUCGACGCUCGCGUACCGGCGCAUUUCGGUGCUCAUCUCACUGCAUACGCUCACGCCGACGGAUUCGGGCGGCGCGUGGUUCAGCGAUGCAGUGCCAGUCGACAUGUUUAUGCAAGCGGUCGAUUUGCUCACGACGAACCUCUGCAGCGACAAGUACUGGAACAUCAUCGGCCUCGACGUCAAGAACGAGCCGCACCUCUCGACGUGGGGCGACAAUGGCCCCAAAGAUUUCCUCCAGGGCGCCACCGACAUUAGCCACCGGAUGCUGAAAGGCUGUCCCAACUGGCUCGCGUUCGUCGAGGGCAUCGUCAAUAUGGGCCAGCCCGUCUCGUUCAAUGGCGUCGCCAUGACGUACAACGACUGGUGGGGCAGCGGUCUCCAAGGCGCUGGCGCCAAGCCCGUCGUGCUCAACACGCCGCACAAGGUGGUGUAUGCGCCGCACUAUUACACCCCUGCCGUGUACCCCCAAGCGUACCUCUAUGGCGGGGGCACCCCAGGUCCCGGCGGUAUCAUCACCAACUACGUCGAGCUCUCGGACGCCGACCUACGAGUGCGCAUCUCGCGCACGAUGGAGGUCAUGUUUGGUUUCCUCGCCAAGACCCACGACGCGGCGAUCGUGCUGGGCGAGUUUGGCGGCCUCUACGCGACAGAUCUGCACCCAAAGCUCACGACGAAGCGCUGCACCGACUUUACGAUCGAGGCGAUGCUGCAGCCGGGCUACUCGGGCGGGUACGUCUGGAGCUUGAACCCUGAAAGCGCGUAUCAGUUCAAUCCGGCGGACGCUGCGGGCACUUUUAUUGAGGGUGUCGUGCAAAUCGACUGGCGCACAGCCAACUUGCCGUUCGUCCAGGGCAUGCAAGCCAUGGACGCGAUCGCGGACCUCCAGUUCUUUCCGUGCUUUCCCUAAGUUGACACAAAUCGAUAUGCUACGAGUUCAGCUG